AUGCAAGACGGUAAAAUUCUUGCGUUCCCCUGUUCUCACGCAUAUCCCAAAGCUGAAGAGUACGGUCGGGCUCAGCUUCCCAGGGUGCUGAAGGGAGCAGACCUGGUGCUUUAUUCCGUUCUGCGCUCUCUUGGCAUAGAUGUCGCCAUCUUGCCAAUCCCCGAGAAAGACGGACAGUAUGGAAUACAGAACCAGGACCUCGGGAUUAUGGAUGGUCACUACGGUGGGUGGUACAGGACUACACCUCCAAGUACCUGA